UUAUACGCGAAAUUAUAUUUUCUUAAAUGUACUCUUAUUGAAGGUUGGUGGUGUGAUCCUAAAGUACUUGCUUUGUACUUCCAUACCUGUGAAUUAAUUCUAUUACUUAUAAAACAGGGUUGCUUUCUAUUUGCCUCUUCCGUUACAUAUAAAACAAGGUUUUUCAAGUGAAUAAUGGUUUGAUUAGAGAUUUACCUUUGGGUGUAAAUUCACAGAAUGUUGUAUUUCUUCAGAAACUAUGCGUUUGAUGGCUUCAAGUGUGCAAAAACUAUGUGAAAUGUGCAACGCGAUGCUGUAUUUUGUCCUUUUCUGGUUUUUGGGAAUUUUUUAAAGAGGACUCCACGGAUUUUCAUGGGUUUGGUGUACUUUUGGAACAUGGAAAGAUUAUUAAAUUGAAUUCAUUGGCCAAAUACUUCAGAGACAUCACUAGUAGUUUAGGGUCUAAUGACCGAAGGAAUUCACUGAGAUUUAGUUAUGGUUAUUUUUGUUUGCCAUGUCUUGCAAGGCAGUUCUUAUUGAUAUUAAUCCAUAUUGAUCGCCUGAAACUUGUUUUUCAGUUUUAGUUCUUGUAAAUAAACUUCCAACACAAUUCUCCGAGUAUAUAUUUUUCUGUUUCUUGAGUAUUUAUGCAUAUGUUUUAUUAUUCUAUACAUUUUCAUAAAUUACAGGAGAAGCACAGAGAAAAGAAGCAUAAGAAGGAAAAAAAAGACAAAGAGAAGAGAGAAAGUAAAGAAAAAAGUGAGAAAGACAGAAGUGAUGGAAAGCAUCAGGAAAAGAAAGACAAGAAGGAAAAAAACAGAGACAAGAAGAAGAAUAAGGAGAAAGACAGGGACCCCGUUAAAGAUAAAAUUAGUCCUUCAGAUGAGAAGAGAAAUCCGGGGAAAACUGAGAGUUUUGGUGCAGAGAAAUUCAUUCCUAAAGAGUACAAAGAUAACUGUGUUGACAAGAGAUAUACUGGGCAAGUUGGAGGUUAUCAGGCCGAGAAGCUCAGUCAAAAUCAUCAUCUGGCUGAGGAGAACCACAAUUCUGUAUUGUUGGAGUUGGGUAGGAGAACUAAAGAUGAGGCCAGAGGAAUUGGUAAUCAUGUGGUUGAGAAGAUUUCUGAAUCAGACCGAAAGAAGGAUGAGGGGAUGGUCAGAUUGGUGGCUAAGGAUGCUGACAUUUUGGCUGAAGUCAAGGAAAAGAACAAGGACAAGAGAGUUGAUGACAGAAAGACGGAUGGGCAAGGCAUCAGGGUUGCAGCACAGAUUAGUGGGAACACAAUGGUUCAAAACCCUGUUGGUAUGGUUGAAACUAAAGUUGGAGGACUUUCCAGACCAUUGGGGAGCAACGUGGAUAGAAAGAUUGAUGGAAAAGAAAAGACCAAAGAGAAGGAAGGUGAUGAUAAACGAAGGGAGAAACGCAAGGAGAAAGAUAGAGAGAAGAAAAAACAAGGGAAAGACAAGGACAAGGAUAAAGAAAAGAAAAAGGAAGCGAAAGCAAAGGAGAAAAAUGAAUCUAAGAAUGCAGAGCCAGGUAAAGAGAAGAAAAAGGAAGAGAAAGCAAAGGAGAAAAAUGAAUCUAAGAAUGCAGAGCUGGAUAAAGAGAAGAAAAAGGAAGAGAAAGCAAAGGAGACAAAUGAAUCUAAGAAUGCAGAGCCAGAUAAAAUAAGAAAGAGCAAUAAAGAGGAUCAUAUAGACCCUCAUUACGUUAUAACCUCCCAACUUUCGAAAGACAGCAACAAAAGUGCUGGUGCUGAUGGAAAUCUUAAGAAACGGAAGGACUUGCAGACAAAUGGAGUUUUGCAUGCCAAUGACAUUAGGCCCAGUAAACUGCCGCGACCCUCUUCGUCCUCUCAUCCAUUAACGGUAAAUGGAAGAACAGUGGAACCUUGCCAAACUUCCACCCCGUAUGUUUCAGAUAGGCUGGGAUCAGCAAAUAAUGUUAAGGUGGACAAUAAGGACUGCAAGAUAAAUGGCAUCGUUGAAUCUCCGUCAUUGUCUGUCUCCCCUGCAAAGCUGACUUCUACAGCUGCACAGACUGUUCCUGUUGCCGAAGCAUCUGUGAGACCGCCCCAUCCAGAUUCCAGAUAUCUAAGCCAGGUUUAUUUGGUUCCAAAGGUGGACGAAGUGCCUGAUUAUGACGAUGAAGAUUGGUUGUUUGGGUGCAGUGGUAACCAAUCAAAGAAGCCCAAGGUGGAAUCUUCAGGGGUUGAGGAGACACCUGAGGUAUGGUCAGAGGCUCUGCGGAUAGAGUCUGCUGAUGUUCACGCUCUACCGUAUGUCAUUCCAUAUUGAUUGACUCAAAUGGGCAUGCUUCACUGCUUCACCUCCAAACUCUUGAUGCGGGCAACCCUCGAUAGGACCACACUAGACCAAAGCUAGAAAGGCUUCUGGCCACCUUGGACAUAUAUUCAGAGUUUUCUAGCUGCAUUCAGCUGUGAUUGCACUCUGUUGCAGUGAGUACGACUAAUGGUCUGCUUCUCAAACAGUCUCAAAUGCAAAGGUUGCCAGGGUCACUCACACAUUAUGGCUUGCCCCAGGACCGGGCGGGCUAUUUGGAUUCAAGGGCUGGUUUUCCCCAACAGCUAAUUCAUUCAAAAUGGAAAUUUUCAUAAGUGCGACCAAGUGAAGGGUUGCGUAGAAAGGGAGAUAGAUAUAUAAAAGCUUGUGCAAUUUUUGUUUUCAUUUGCUUAGGAGCUGAGAAGCUCAUUCUAAUUGAGCAUUUAAGAGAAACUAGCCACAAUUUUGAUUUGUAACAUAGAACUCUUAUUUACAAGAAAUGUAAGAUAGAAGGAAAGGGAAAGUAGUUGCAUUCGUUCGUUGGCC